UAGACGCCCCCUCACCGCCAGACACCUCCCCGACCCCCACCACACAGCACCAAUCUCCCACCCUCCGCCACCACCACCAACUCCGCUGCCGACAGCUCUCGGCGGAGCGAGAUGGCUUGCUCCGCCCACGUGCCCGUUGUAGCACAGCCGAAGCUCCAGCCUCACUCCCCUUCUCCAUUUAAGUCCCUCAGCAGGCCUCCCCUCUUUGUCCACUCGCAAUUGCCCCACCUAUGGGACAAUCCUCGCGCCGCGUCCCUCCGCCUCCGCGCGCCGCAUGCCUCCCGCUCGAGGCGCGUCGUGGCGUUGGCCAAGCCGGAACCUUUGAGGGUCAUGAUAUCCGGCGCCCCUGCCUCCGGGAAGGGCACCCAGUGUGAGCUCAUCACCGAGAAAUAUGGUUUGGUUCACAUUGCCGCUGGGGAUCUCCUGAGGGCAGAAGUGGCUGCUGGGACUGAAAAUGGCAGACGGGCUAAGGAAUUCAUGGAGAAAGGACAGUUGGUACCCAAUGAAAUAGUUGUAAUGAUGGUGAAGGAACGGUUACUGCAGCCCGAUUCCUUGGAAAAUGGCUGGCUCUUGGAUGGAUAUCCUCGGAGCUCAUCUCAAGGUAUUGCUCUUAGGGAAUAUGGGAUCCAACCUGAUCUUUUCAUUCUUUUGGAAGUUCCUGAAGAAAUUCUGGUGGAAAGAGUUGUGGGACGAAGAUUAGAUCCUGUUACAGGGAAGAUAUACCACUUGAAGUAUUCUCCUCCAGAGACUGAGGAAAUCGCUGCAAGAUUGACGCAGAGAUUCGAUGAUACUGAAGAAAAGGUGAAAUUGCGAUUGCGGACUCAUCAUCAAAAUGUAGAGGCUGUGCUUUCGAUGUACGAGGACAUCACAAUUAAGGUGAAUGGAGAUGCUUCCAAAUGGGAUGUCUUUAAGCAAAUCGACAAUGCUCUCACAGAACUCAUUGAGCAGAGGAAAGCCAUUCCCGGAACUCUGGUGGCAUAGAUGACACCAUACACUGUCAAUGAUAAUUAUACUCGAGCGCCACUUUUAGAAGGCAAAAAAGCAUAAAGGAGAAGCCGAUGAAGACUUGUAAAAUAAUUCUUUCUUGUUUUUACAUGUAUUGAUUAAACUGGAGUCGACAGGCUUUGAGAAAAAAUGUAAGUAUUCAUGACUGUCUAAUGAAAAAAGUUGCUCUAUCUGCACAGCUAA